AUGGGGCUGGCUGUGGGCUCUCACCCCUGGCUCUUCCUGCUGGCGCCCCUGGUGCUGACGGCUGUCCUGGGCACCGGUUUGAUGUACCUGCCCAGGGAGACGGAAGAGAACCUGGAGGAGCACUACACCCCUUUGGGCAGCCCAGCCAAGGCCGAGCGGCGCUUCGUGCAGGCACAUUUCUCCACCAACGAGUCACACCUCUUCUCCCCGUUGCGGUCCAGCACGGAGGUCAACUUUGCCUCCAUCCUGGUGGUCUCCAACACUACCAAUCUGCUGGAUCAAGUCAUCUUCUCAGAAAUUAGUCAACUGGACAAGGCAGUGCAGAUGCUGACCGCGCCCCUGGGAGAUGGAACCCAGGUCCUCUACCCUCAGGUGUGUGCCAGGUACCAGAGCACCUGCAUGCCCUCCAACCCACUCCUGUUCACCUGGCAGAAGAAUAACAACAUGGACCUGAAAAGCAUCACCUUCCCUAUUUACAAUACCUCCGCUGCGGCCCUCUACUUGGCCGGCCUCUUGGGAGGAACCAUCCUAAUUCCCGGCUCGGGGAUUAGCCAUUUACUCCUGCAAGCCAAGGCCAUGCGGCUGCAGUACUACCUGAAGACCGCGGACUCUGAGGACAGCGCGCGCAGCCAGAAGUGGCUGCUUGGGUUCCUGGACCAAAUUCAUGGCAUUGAAAAGCGCCUGACCUUGAAGAACAUCCAGGUGGUCUACUUCACAUCACUCUCUAGGAAACUGGAAUUUGAGGCGACUGCUAGGUCAGUGGUCCCUUUGUUUUACACGGCGUACCUUCUGAUCAUAUUAUUUGCAAUCGUAUCAUGCUACAGGUAA